AAUAUGAAGUUGGUUGGUGGUUCUCCGUGCUGGUGGCACCGAACGUGUGAUUGUGGUAAAUAAGCGCUCAAGUCCGCCUAUUCAGCAGGAUUAAGCGGCCAGACGGCACGCCAGUCCUGCGACGUGAUCCUUGCAGGACUGCCGAAUCGCAGGCUCAAAUUAGCCUUCGCCUCACUGGUGACUUUCUUCUCAGUCGCUGCGAUUGGUCAGAUGGCGGAACUACCGGCAGUACCGGCACACGCGAAAACUGGUAAUCCUUGCGGUUGACAAUUUAUGCCUCGUUACAUCAGAGCGCAAACAUCAAAUAUUAAAAGUCCAAAUAAAAUCGUCGUGGCGGGAAAAAGUUAUCUGUGUCUGUGAUAAAAACGGUGAAUGUAAAUAUUUGAAUGUGUUCAGUGCGCUGGGAGGCACAGACAUGUGAGUUUAUUGUGCAAAAUCGUGAUGUUGCGGUAAUUAGUGGAUUUACAUUUUGAGAUAAAGGUCGAAAACAUGCGAUAAGCCUUGAAGAUGCCGGGCAGCGAACGAGUCAACGACGUUGUCAGCAAGGAGGAAAAAGCGAGAAUCAAGAAGGAGGCUGUUCAGAGGUACACCGACACGAGUUGGCAGAUACACCGACAAAGCAAGAGAAAACCAACCACUUUACCGAUAAAUACUCCUCCUUCCAAAGACGAUGCCGAACCUAAAAACGAAAUUGUUAAAAUUAACGGGAUCACAUCCAACGGCGAUGUUACCGUACCACCGAAAUCCGAAAAACCCGAAUCAGUCGAAGUCGUUCAAAUCGAAACGGUUGAAGUUCUGUACGAACCGGUGAAAAGCCAGGUUGAAGUUGUUUUGCACUCCCACGAUGAACUGGCAAAAAAUGGGACCGAAAUGAAUAAGAUGCUGGCUUCGACCUCUUACAAUGGUGAAGCUCUCACGAGUCAGCCGCGGUCUUCCAGAGGGAGCUCCUCCAGCGGGAUGGAUUUAAGUUAUGUGACGGAAAGGAUUAUCUCUGUGUGGUUUCCGUCGUCUACUAAUUCGCAUUCGUACAGGCAGGGACAGAGGCAGGCUGCUCAUAUGCUGACGAGCAAACAUGGAGAUAAUUACAUGGUAUUUAAUCUGACCGAGCCCAAACGAGCGUUAAGGAACGAACACAAGCAUGUCAAAGAGGUCGGUUGGGCGCAGAACUUGGCACCGCCUUUGGAGAAGCUCUGCAGUGUGUGCAAGGAAAUUGACUCCUGGCUCUCUGGGGAUCAACACAGGAUUGCGGUGUUACACGCCAGGGGCAAUAAAGACAAACUCGGAGUCAUCGUGGCAGCUUACAUGCACUACUCCAGCAUUUGUGGAAGCGCUGAACAAGCUUUAGACCGAUUUUCAAUGCGAAGAUUCUUAGACGACAAUGUAGGACCCCUUGCUUUGCCCUCCAACAAAAGAUACGUCGAUUAUUUCGCUGGUUUAUUAUCCCAUAAUAUUAAAAUCAAUGCAGCUCCUUUAUACCUCACACACGUAACUGUACUCGGAGCGCCGUGCUUCCAAAGGGGAGGGUGCAAGGCUUUUUUGAAGUUGUACGAAGGACAAACUCCAGUGUACACGUCAGGCGUCUACAACGUAUCGAGUGGCGUAAGCCAGUUCACGGUGAACGUGGCGGGGGAGCGUCGCCGUGGCCUGCAGCUGAGGGGUGACAUCCUGAUAAAGUGCUAUCAUCGAGGAGACGUGGGAAGAGAGACCGUGUUCGCAUGCCAAUUUCACACUUGUGCGGUGGCCGAUUACACGCUCAGCUUUACGCGACAAGAGCUCGAUGUCGCCUGCAACGAUCCCCGCUUUCCAGUGGACGGCGCCGUCGAGCUCCACUUCUCCCCGGGCCCCGAAGGCCGCCACCCCGCGCCCGCCCCCACGCCGGCCGUACCGUUCACUCUAGCAGACGAUCCCAUCACCAGGGCGGACAGCCCGUUCUUUGUGGAGGAGUUCGACGACGAAGGCGACUCAGACUCCGACGACGUCAAUCACACGUUUGGACCUCUAGACGGUAGCAUUUACGCAACCAUCGCAAAAAAGCCAGAGCUGUCUCCUGGCGCCGUUUCUAGUCCCCUGACGGUGUCCAUGGACUCAGGUAUUUCAUCUGCAGGACACCAGCAGAACGCCAACACAACCGCCUCCGCGAGUCCCCCACUAACCGCCCAGCCGUCCCCCUUGACCCCCGAGGAUCAGCACCGCGAGCUGGACGAACUCGUCUCGGAUAUGAUGUUAACGGUUCAGAGCAUUCCCGACCUGAAACCGCAUCACCAGGACCAGUCCUCGGGCUCCGCAAUCGCGACCAGCGGCAACAGCUUCGGGCUCGAGAAUGUGCGCUACAUAGACGAGGAGGACGACAAGAACAUCCCCUACCACGCGCGCCAGGACAGCCGGCCUUUUUCCUACGGAGUGAACUCCAACAGCAUGAUCGCCGACUCCAAGGGGCUGAGCAGCCCCAGCCUGGUGCGCAAGGCCAGCGUCAACAAGAGCUCGGGGGACACGCUGAAGAAGGUGCAGACGCAGGUGUAUCCGGACUUCGGAGGGAAACCGGUGCCCAACUUCUCCAACCCACCCACGUAUCACCCGCCCUCCAACUACAGCACGCUGUCGAAGUAUCCGGCUAACUCGUACGGGGCGCAUGGGGACUCGCUGCGGCGCCGGGAGAGGGACCCCAUCGAUGAUAUCUUCACCCCAAGUGCGCUGAGUGCUACCGAACCCAUCAAGCGCGAGUUCAGAGAGGAGUACUACAGGGAUGAGGUGAAGAGGUACACACCUCUGAAGAGGAGCGUCACGGAGGGGACGUUGAGGACGGGGCACGACAAGAAUGACUAUAAGGCUUCGGUGGCGACGAGUCCCUAUUCGGAUUCGGAAAGUUUGUCGCCGCCUGGAGCGUUCAGGUCUUCCACGAAGUCGCCAGAGUUCCAUGAGUCCUACACCACAAACAAAAGCCUAACGUGGCUCCAGAAGCAGCAGCUGAAACUAAAAGAACGUCGAGAGGUGCAGCUGCGCGAAGAAAGACACCCCCAUGAAACUAGACUGUUGUCAGAACUGAGACAUGUCCAGUCUCGUCAUAUGAAACCAACAGCCAGUCAUCGUCUGGAUGGUUACACUAGUGACACCACCGCCUUUGCUGACGAUGACGAAGACUACACGAUACCUCUCCACAUCAAUACCACCCAGAAACCAGGGAGCGCAGCUCCAGGUUCGCCUAGGAUGCUAUCGAGGACGUACAGUGCAAGUAAAGCCUCAUCGUAUACCAGUAAAAACGAGAGACCGUUCAUGACGGUGAAGAGGGCCCACGAGAGAUACGCUCAGAGCUCAGAUUCUUCGCCGGCCUCGAUAUUAGCAGCAAAUCCGAUGGGGCAGAUUGUAAGACCACCUUCUAGAGGUGGCGAUACGGUUGACAGCGGGUUGUUGUCUCUAGUCGAGCAGGAGCAGUAUAACAAACAUAGUCCCCGCUAUAACCAGGGGGGUUUGGUGGGUAUUGAGAAUGACUCUAGUGUUGAUAGUUCACCAGCAGAUAUCAGGAAUGAUAGCAUAGGCAUAGAUGCACUCAGUGAUCUGAUUGCUAGCUUAUCAAGUGGUUCGGAUAAGUCUAGCAACAGCCCUAAUAACACCACAUCUGCAUGGCAGUAUCGAGAAGAAACCCACACUUGGCGUUCCCAGUCCGUAAAUGAUGUAGAUACAAGCCCUUCACAUAAUUCGUCUCCGAGGCCGCAAACACCAGCGUUUCCAGUGCAUGUUAGAACCCCUUAUACUAAUCCAUCGACGCCGACAGUCCAAUUCGACCUACCUUCCGAACGAUUACCGCCUAAAAGUCCUACAACCCAGCGACGUUUGAGUUGUCCGUCUUCUAAUAAACUUACUAAGAAGUGGUCGCUUUCUCCUGAAAGAAAGGACCGACCGACUUCUCCGACAGACAUGAUCAACGGCUCUUCGUCCGAAUACAUCCACAGUACCACACAUAGAAGCGUAUCGGCGACGCCACCAGCAGGAUACAAAGACAACUUCUCGGAGAACUAUCAACACAGUCCUAAAAGUCCCACAAGAAACGGAUCCGCGUCGCCUACCGUCUACUUUGGCAACUCUAGAAGAAGCUCAGUGCAUUCGAACAGUGAACCCCCACAUGAGGUAUCAGCAGCCCAUGUUAAAUUCGUCCGAGAUACCUCCAAGUACUGGUACAAGCCAACAAUCUCACGAGAAGAAGCAAUCAAUAUGUUGAGGGAUCAGCCUCCAGGUACAUUCGUGGUCCGCGACUCCAAUUCAUUCCCUGGAGCUUUCGGCAUGGCCUUAAAAGUUGCAACAAUUCCAUCGAACAUGCAGAACAAGCCCAUCCAAGGGGAUGAGCUAAUUCGCCACUUCCUAAUCGAGCCAACUUCUCGAGGCGUCAAGCUCAAGGGAUGCCCUUCUGAGCCCGUCUUCAGUUCUUUGUCCGCGUUGGUCUACCAGCAUUCGGUGACGCCUCUGGCUCUUCCUUGUCGGUUGAUUCUGCCGGAAGGUGACCUGAAGUACCAAGACAGUGCCAACAACCCUGCUCAACAGCUACUAACGCAAGGUGCGGCUUGCAACGUGAUGUACUUGUUUACGUUGGACAUGGAAUCGCUGACGGGUCCCGAAGCCGUAAGAAAGGCAGUUAAUCAAGCUUUACAAAAGUCGUCUAAGGCAGAAACGGCGAUUGUGCAUUUCAAAGUUAACGGACAAGGCAUUACUUUGACUGAUAACAAGCGGAAAUUGUUCUUCAGGAGGCAUUAUCCAAUCAACACGAUUUCUCAUUGUGGCUUAGAUCCAGAAGAACGAAGAUGGAGCGUGAGCUCUGAUGAGUCGGGGUCAACGGCCAGUCCUAAUCGGGUCUUCGGAUUCAUUGCGAGAAAACCCAACGUGAGUAAUCCCGACAAUCAGUGCCAUUUGUUCGCUGAAUUAGAACCCGAACAACCAGCUGUAGCAAUUGCGAACUUCGUAAAUAAAGUUCUUACGUCGAGUGGCAUUAAGCCCAACAUUGUGUAAUUUUACGCCAGUUUUUCAAGGAGGAGUAAAUAUCACAUCACAUUUUGUAGUUAAAUUAUCACACAGUAUUGGAAAAUACUUAAAAGGUUUCGUAAUACUUCCAAAAGAAUGCCGCUAAAUUUCAUUAACUAGUCUUUAUUUCAUAAUUUGCGUAGCCCUAAGUUUAUAUCUUUCAAGUAAUUUAUAUUUAAUAUGAUAUAUUGUAAAUAUAUGUUAAGUAACACUAAGUGUGCCUGCCUUAUUUUAUUUUUUAAACAUUUUUUUUAAUUUGAAAGUGAAGUGCUUUAAAUAUUGUGAAUAUUUGCAUGUUCACUAACUUUACACGAAACAUUCUACUGAGCCUUGAUUUUGUUAUGAAAAAUUAACAAAAAGUGUUAGCGAAAUCGAAUUUCAAGUAAAUAAUUAUUUGCAAGGUAUCGGUGGAGUAUUUUUUAUUUUAUACUUUGCUGUGAAUGACAAAUAAUUAUUUUGUUUUUUCAUCUUCAUUUUCCCCCAUUUCACGCUAACAAUGUAACUUUAUCAAAAUAUUAGAAAGCAGGGUAACGAGAUCCUAAAUUGUAAAAAUUAUUUAGAGUUAAUUUAGAGUCCAUAUAUAAAUAACAAAGCUUAUUACGCGAUAAUAACAAUAGUUUUAAAAGAAAAUGUGCCCCAUCGGGUCCUCGAGCAUUCUAUUUUCGGUUCUUGUUGUAAUAGUACAAAGAUAGUUUAACUCAUCAAAAUGUCCUAAUCAAAUCUAAAGAUAAAUCAAAAUGCCAUACUAUUGUAAAAGAUAUAACAGAUUGUAUCUAGAACGAAAUAGAAAUACUAAUAUUAAA